GAAGCUAUUCUGUACUGAAUCAGCAUGGGAUAGAGUGCCUAGAAGACGUUCAGACCAAGCACAGCUAGCGCGUCCCUGCUGGUUCUCCAUUCUGCAUCCGUGCAGCCACGUUCUAUUGAUGGCCUGUUGUGAUUUCAAUGGAACAUCAUGGGAUGUACCUGGCACGUCGGGCAGCACUGGAUGGAGGUGCCUUUAGCCCAAUGUACCUGGCAUGGUGGUAAGGUGAAGGUGAAAGGAAGAGAAGGUGGAGAUGGAACUGCCAAAUCAUGCCAAACAACUGCUACUGCAGCUGAACCAGCAACGAGCCAAAGGUUUCCUCUGUGAUGUGAUCAUUGUGGUAGAAAAUGCCCUGUUUCGUGCCCAUAAGAACAUCCUGGCAGCCAGCAGCAUGUAUUUCAAAUCCCUUGUCCUGCAUGACAACCUGAUUAACUUAGACACGGACAUGGUGAACCCCACCGUGUUCCGGCAGAUCUUGGACUUUAUUUAUACUGGUAAGCUCUUAACGACUGACCAGCCCGGUGAACAGAACUUUAAUGCUCUCCUCACCGCAGCAAGCUACCUCCAACUGCACGACCUGGCAGCUCUCUGCAGAAAGAAGCUGAAGCGGAACAGCAAGUCCUUUGCUGGCAAGGCCGGUGGCCUUGGUGUCGGGAGAUCUGCCAGGAGUCAGAGACUUUCCACUGCUUCAGUCAUCCAAGCUCGCUAUUCAGGGUCAAAUGAGGGGUUGAAGGGCUCGCACUCAAAAGAGCUGUCAAAGGGAAAGCUCUCUGAUGACGAGGUCUUCAUCAGCAGCUCCAACCAAGAGAACUGUCAUUCCUUAAGCAGGGGAGCCAGUAACAACGGCGGUGGGGGCAGCAGUGCAAAUGGGAGCACCGGCGACCAGGAGCUAGGCCUCGACCUGUCCAAAAAAAGCCCGUCACUCCCUGUUGCAGCCUCCCAUGAUGACACGCAGCACAGCGAAAGCCAGCAUGGCUCUCCCCAAUCUGCCUCAGCCCCCGCAGCCAACAGUGCCUCAUCGUUUGACGAGUCUGGAGUGGGAGCCCCUCACAGCAUGGCGGACAGCAGCGACCCCAUGGAGAUGGAUCUGAGUGAAGAGUGCCACCACUCAUUGACGGAGAGCAGCCAGCGCAAGGGCCUCCGGCACUCAUCCCGCAAGAAAGAGUGGAUGAAGAAAGACAACGCCUUUGAGCGAAAGGAGGGGGGCAAAGACAGGGACGAGGGUGAAGGGCUGCCCAAUGGCAUCCUGCUGGGGCCUUUGUCCAAGUCUGUGGAGCGGAGUCUGGCCGGGGCCUAUGGUGCAGACCUACCCUACCCGUGUAAGGAAGAGGUGGAAAAUGGUAAGGAGAACAGUGAUGACAGUGGCGAGAGUGAGAGCGGCGGGCAUACUAGUGCCAACUAUGUCUACCGGCAGGAGGGGUUUGAGCCAGUGGCCUACGGUGACAACCUGUAUGUCUGUAUCCCCUGUGGCAAAGGCUUCCCCAGCUCCGAGCAGCUCAAUGCCCAUGUGGAGACGCACACCGAGGAAGACCUUUACAUCAAGGAAGAAGGCACGUACGGCGGCAAGGAUGAAGCCGAGGAUUUGUCCAACCCCAACCAGUCCUAUGCUGCGGAGUCCCGACCCUUCAAGUGUUCAGUGUGUGAGAAGAGCUACAAGGAUCCAGCCACGCUGCGGCAGCAUGAGAAGACUCACUGGCUGACGCGGCCCUUCCCUUGCAACAUCUGCGGCAAGAUGUUCACGCAGCGGGGGACCAUGACACGGCACAUGCGCAGCCACUUAGGGCUCAAGCCCUUUGCCUGCGAGGAAUGCGGGAUGCGCUUUACCCGGCAGUACCGACUGACAGAGCAUAUGCGUGUCCACUCAGGAGAAAAACCUUACGAAUGUCAACUGUGUGGUGGGAAAUUCACCCAGCAGCGCAAUCUGAUCAGCCACCUGCGAAUGCAUACCUCUCCCACAUAAGCCAAAGACUCCAGAAUGAGCUUCGAGCCCAUCCGCAGUGAUUUACCUUUCUGUAGACUUGCUGCUUAAAAAAAAA